AGGCAGCACCGGGGCGUUUCCUUCUCCUCCCCCAAGCCAUCCAAUCUCUCCCCCUACCCUCCCCUUCCCUCUCUCGUCUUCGCUAUCGGUUCCGCUCGACGGCGCUGAUGGUGCGCGGUCUUCGAUUCGCUGUGAAAUUGUGUGGCAAAGUGGGCGGAAGUAGAAGCAGCAUGGUUUCUUGUUGGGGAUCAGCACCGUAGGCAGCUUAGAUUUCAUGUCCUUGGAAAAAAAAAUGUUUUGCAUCGUAAUUUUUCUCGAAUUUUGGAGGUAACUAUGAUCUUACUGUUUGAAAGAGAGUGAUUAAUUCAGUAAAAAUGAUGAGCGGCAAGGUGCUCCUAACUUACAAGCGGAAGCGCUUUUCAGCCAAUGCAAAUCCUGCUAAUGUUGUCAAAGCUGAUUCGUCCGUCAAGACUGUGGGGGAGCAUUGCUUUCGGUGUGGUUCUGUUGACAUAAAUGAGAAUCUGCUGGUGUGCCAUAGCUGCUCUGGGAGCUAUCAUCUUCGAUGCAUUGACUCCUCUUUGAAGAAUGUAUCUGAAGAUAGGUGGCUAUGCCCUCCUUGUAAUGAAAGAUGCGAUUCCGAGAUAUCUAUACAACACCAAUCUUAUCAGACCAGCAAAACAACAGAAAACAGAAGUAUUGGGGAAUCUGAGACAGGUGCAAUCAAACUGCAUACCCAAAAAGUGCUUUCGAGUUCAGGACCAUCUGAAAUCAGCUCUAGGAAUGGAAGCCCCUCCCCAGUAGAUCCAUCUAUGGAGAACAUAGUCAAUCGGGCAUCCGCAAAUGACUUGGGUAUAGAAUCUGGUUCUGCGUGCCGAGUUGUUGAAGAGACUUUGAGAUCUCAGUCAACAAAUUUGGAGACUGUAGGAAGAUCAAGUUCCUUGCAUUUGAAAACUUGGACCGAAAGGAAUACUAGUUCCAGAUUCUCAGAGGACUGUGCCUCCAUGGUAGUCAGUUCAGAUAAAAGAAGUGGAAUAAUAUUGAAUGAUGAGUAUCCAAAAGGGAACACUAAGAAUUUCUUGAUUACAUUUCGUAGAAGAGUGAAAAAGAAACGGGAUGUAGUCAGUUCAUCAACCACAAGGAAUUCAAGUGCUGAAGACAAGCAUAGUUCAAUGGUGACUUCUAGGAGCCAUGAAUUAGGAAAUAAUUGUAGAUGUUCAGAUUCAACUUUCUUGUUGGAAGCAGAUGGGCCUAGCCGACUGCAUGCUCUUCAAGAGGAUAUGCAUGACGUCAAUAAAGAUGCCGGGCUAGGGCCUAAGCUUUCUGGACAAGGUAGCACUGCAGACAAAUGCGAAGAACCAUGUCAACCAAAACCAGACGUUGCUCCUCAGGGUACAACUUCUUUACAAUAUUCAGAACGUGUUCUUCAGUGUCAAUCUGAUAAAUGCACUGGGAUGCCUACAAGUGAUUUAAGCAAAGACCCUACACACAAAAGCAAGCAAUCAGAGAUGGCCAAAACUGGGACAUCCAUACGAGGGGAAGAGGGAAAUGAAUUAUUUACAAAGGAGAGAGGUCAUGUAGGAGGGGCGGAGCUGUUGGUUGUCCCAGUGGUUUCAACUCAUCUUACGAGCUCAAACCCAACUAGACCACUUGUGGAUGCUAUGGCUGAGAACUUUCUGGAGUCACAAAGACCAUCAGCUCAAAAUUGUGCUCUAGGUAGGAUGGAUGAGGAAACUGAUGGUCGAGCCAAAGGAUUGCAGUGGAUGGAAACGCUUGAAAAAUCACAUCAGGAGACCACAAAAGAAACAAAGUCAUCCAUUCUUAUUAAUAAAAACAGUACCAAUUGCACAAUAGCAUCAAGUGGAAGGGCUUCCACAGCUUACCCAGUUAAUUCAUCUACAAAGAUUCAGGUCAAUCAGGAUGUAUCCAGAGAAUGCAUUGAUCGGGCAUCCCGAUUACAGGAACGACUCUUGGUGACAAAGUCAAAUAACUCUAUUUAUGAAAAACAACAGCGUGAGAGGGCAUCACACAACUCUAUGUAUACUGAUUUUGCAGAUCAGUCUCUUAUAUUGAAUUCUGAAGUGCUUAGUGUUUCCAUGAAUGAUAUCCGAGGUAUGCCAUUGCCAUUAGAUUUGAAUUUCAAGGACACUGUUGAGGGAUACAAUAGGCAACACAGAUGGGACAGCAUGGGUGAGAAUGCAUCUGUAUCCAGACAAAAGCAGGUGUGUGAGAAUGAUAUGAAUGGCUCACGGAUGCCAAAAGAAAGCUCUUUGCUGGACAACUUUAAGAGGUUCUCAGAUGAAUGGUCAGAAGAAGAAUUAGAUGUUCUUUGGAUUGGCGUGAGAAGACACGGAUUAAACAAUUGGAAUGAUAUCUUAAGGGAUCCAAAAUUAUGUUUCUUAAAAUCGAGGGUUGCAGAAGACUUGGCCUUGCAGUGGGAUAAAGAACAAAUUAAGCUUCUUAAUGGUACACUCUAUCAUCCAGAAAGACCUUCAGUAUUAGAUCUUUCAAGGCCUCUUGGAACAGAUGACACAUGCUGGAGAAAAGCAACAGGUAGGAAUUUGUAUUGUGAGAAAGUUGUUUCAUCAUAUUUGGAAUUUCCGACACAGAGAACAGAAACUAAACUUUCUCUUGGAGAUGUAUAUGUUCAGAGUGAGAAAAACAUCAAGAAAAAUGUAGUACCCAAUAUAUCAGGUUUAUCCAUUGCUAAUCCUCACGGAAUUAGAAAUUCAAUGGCAGGUCCUUUCAUAGGCAGUAACCUCAUAGGUUCUGUUAACCCAAGGGCAGACAUCAGACAUCAGAAUGCUUUCAAAACACAAGGCACCAGGUACGACUGCGAAUCAUCUACUUCACCUCAAAAAUCAGUUGAAAGAGGAGGACAUGAGCAAAGAUCUUCUGCAAAUAGUACUCUCCCUCAUUGGCUCAAAGAAGUGUUGACUGUGCCUCAAAGGCGAAGUAGUUUGCCAUUGCCUUCUGGAGUUUCAAGCUUGAAUCCUGGAAGCAUUAUUAAUUAUGAUGAGCGAGUUACUGCUUUUCAAAGUGCCGUGGAAACUGCUCUGCCUAAAGAUCCCCGUGGACGGGGAAUAUUGAAGAGGAAGAGCAAGGCCUCUAGUAAUCAUGCCAACAGGGUAAAGGUGUUGGAUAACUCAGUAUCGGUGGAUGAUACCUUGUUGCAGAAAAGAUUAUCCUCACUACCAAAUCUAGGAUUGACCCCACUGAAACCAGCAUCUGCUAAUACUGGUUCUGGACCAAGUCAUGUCUUGGAUCUAAACAACAAAAGUCCUGAUCCCACUGGACCGAGUAACUUGGUGGUCAUCGACAGCGAUGUAUCUUCCGAGGAAACCAUAUCAGAUGAUCAGAGCAGUAGGUGGUAACUGUUUCUAUGAGGAAUCAAUCGGCUUUCACAGUUGAUCAUCUGUACAUUGUUUUGUCAUGCCUGUGCAGUAGUUCAGCUUAUCCAUCAAGUCAUUUGUACAGCGUAUCGUUCUAAAGCUGUAAGUUCUGCUUUCUAUGUUUGACGUGCUAUAUUUCUUGCCCUUCAAUGUUCUUCUUUAAAGAUCUGCAUCCUCCUCUCUGAAUCUUCCAUAGUUGACUUAUAAUAUUGCUUCAGUUCUUAUAUAAUAUAGAAGGAAAAUGCUGCUGA